AUGGAAAUGCUGAGCACAAAAAUUUGGAACAAAAGUAACUUCACUUCGAAAUGUCGAGCACUGGUCGCCGAACCCCAUCUAGACGUACUGCGUCACAACAAAGCAGUGCGCGUUCUGUUAGAUGUGGCGGAAGCGCCUCCCAGCGCUCGAAGCAGUUCGCCUGAUCUGCGUUCGCUUCCACCGAGCGAAGCUCCCGUUGCAAGUGAAGCCACAUCUCCUCGAGGAGAUGGAGACCUAGCGUCUGUUCGCAGUGGUACUUCUUCUCUUCGUUAUGGUUCUGAGCUCGGUUUAUCAUCGCAAGGAUCCACAGCAUUAUCGUCACGUCGUGGCCACGCUCGCGCGGAUUUGGGAACUGCGCCGAGCCAUCAUAGAACUGUGCGCAUCCAAGGUCUUGAAGAUGAUCUGGCUGACGACAAUAGUCAACCACGCAUGUACAUUUGGGGAACGAGAAUUUGUGUAGUCGAUGUGCAAAGAGCUUUCCGCGCUUUCAUCACGGAAUUUAAAGUUUCAUCUUUGGAUGAGGACGAGAAUAUGCUGAUGUUGCCUUCUACGCGUCAAGCAGUUGAUACAUCCAUUCCUUAUUAUAUGGAACGCUUGUUCGAGAUCGACCAGACAGAUUGUCCGUUCAUGAAUCUGAACCUCGCACACGUGAAGGCGUAUUCUGAGCCGCUCUACAGGAAGAUCAUCGCAUAUCCAGCUGAUGUGAUUCCGUACCUGGACAUGACAGUCAACGAAAUCUAUCAAGAGAAAUACAACCGCUCUUUGGCCACGCCUAUUGAGCUACGUCCUUUCAAUGCAGAGAAGACUAGAAACAUGCGUAGUUUGAACCCAUGUGACAUUGAUCAACUCAUCACCAUCACUGGCAUGGUCACACGCACGUCAUCGCUGAUCCCGGAAAUGCGCAUGGGAUUCUUCCAAUGCUCAAUUUGCAAGUUUUGCGUGGAAAGUGAAGUGGAUCGUGGAAGGAUUGAAGAGCCUACUGUUUGUACUAACUGCUCAAACACCAUGUGUUUCCAACUCAUUCACAACCGUUCAAUAUUUUUGGACAAGCAAAUCAUUAAGAUGCAAGAAUCGCCAGAUGACAUGCCUUCUGGCCAAACCCCUCACACCGUCACCGUAUUUGCCCAUGGUCAUUUGGUGGAGUCUGUGCAACCUGGAGAUCGUGUCACACUAACCGGUAUAUUCCGUGUACAGGCAACUAAGGUUAACCCUCGUCAAAGAAAUCUGCAUGCUGUUUACCGCACAAACGUAGAUGCUCUACACUUCAGGAAGACUGAUGCAUCACGUCUUCAUCAAGAUAAUGGUGAGACGCUAACGGAUGAACGUAUCGAGCAGAUUCGCAAUCUCUCGAAACGCGACGACAUUACGGAGGCUCUUAGCCAUGCUAUCGCUCCUUCCAUUUAUGAGCACUCUGAUGUCAAGAAAGGCAUUCUCUGCUUGUUGUUUGGAGGCACCACAAAAGACGAUGAAAACACCCAUAGAACUAAGCUGAGGAGCGAGAUCAACAUCCUCUUAUGUGGAGAUCCUGGUACGUCCAAGUCCCAGCUCUUGCAGUACGUAUAUCAUCUGCUGCCUAGAAGCCAGUAUACUAGUGGAAAGGGUUCCUCAGCUGUGGGACUGACAGCCUCGAUAUCUCGC